AUGCCCAACGACGAUGCGUAUAGCAAGUCCUCCGCACCGUCGGAGGCCCCGCAAACCCCGGGGGCACCACCGCAGGGCACGGCCGGGGGCUUCGGCAAAGCGGCCGGGGCGCCGCUCGGGACCACUGGCGGCGGCAGUGGCGGCGGCGGCGGCUCCGGCUCGGGAGCGUCUGGCAUGGGCGCCGUCUCGAGCAAGAAGUCUCCGCGGCUGCCCAAGUGCGCGCGGUGCCGCAACCACGGCUACGCGUCGCCGCUCAAGGGCCACAAGCGUUUCUGCAUGUGGCGGGACUGCCAGUGCAAGAAAUGCAACCUGAUAGCAGAGAGACAACGCGUGAUGGCCGCGCAGGUGGCCCUGAGACGGCAGCAGGCCCAGGAAGAGGAACUGGGGAUCAGUCACCCCAUCCCGCUGCCCAGCACGGCUGAGCUGAUGGUCAAGAGAGAGAACAGCGGCAGCAACCCGUGCCUAAUGAUUGAGAGCGGCAGCUCCUCUCAGCCGCCCCCGGCCAGCACCCCCUCCACGGCAGCUUCAGAGGGGCGGAUGGUCAUCCAGGAUAUUCCUGCUGUCACCAGCAGAGGGCAUGUGGAGAACGCGCCCGAUCUCGUUUCCGACUCCACCUACUACAGCAGCUUCUACCAGCCGUCGCUGUUUCCGUACUACAACAAUCUGUACAACUACCCGCAGUACUCCAUGGCCUUGGCUGCUGACUCCUCUUCCGGGGACGUGGGAAACCCCCUCGGGGGCUCCCCGGUGAAGAACAGCCUCCGGAGCCUCCCAGCACCUUAUGUGCCUGGUCAGACAGGAAACCAGUGGCAGAUGAAAAACUCGGAGAACCGCCACGCAGUGAGUUCCCAGUACAGGAUGCAUUCUUACUACCCGCCUCCUUCCUACCUGGGCCAGAGCAUGUCCCAGAUCUUCACUUUUGAGGACAGCCCCUCUUACUCGGAAGCCAAAGCGAGCGUAUUCUCGCCACCCAGCAGUCAGGAUUCCGGCUUGGUUUCCCUCUCCAGCAGCUCUCCCAUUGGUAACGAGAGCACAAAGGCAGUGCUCGAAUGCGAGUCUGCCUCGGAGCCCAGCAACUUCGCGGUCGCUCCCAUCAUCGAGGAAGACGAGUGA